AUGGAGGUGGCCACCACAGUCAUCCAGCCCAAUGCCUCCAAUGAAACCAUGGAAAUCCCAGCCCAUUGCGAUGACCAUUGCAGGAAGAUUCUGGUCACUCUGUACAGCCUAGUCCUGUUGGGAGGUACCGCUGGCACCAUCAUGAUGUCCCUCGUCUUGUCCCAGAGGAAUUCCCAGUCCGCCAUUACUGUCAUCGUUGCCAAUGUCAUUGUGCUCCACUCCAUCCUCCUGGCCAGUCUUCCAUUCCGCCUCAGUUACUACUUUCUGUCAGAGUGGAAGUUUGGAUGGUUCACGUGCCGGAUCACCAGCAUCCUGGUGUACGUGCACAUGUACUUCACCUUUGUUUUCUACGUGGCCAUCGUUGUCAUACGCCUCCUCAUUUAUUUUAAACGGCUCCAGCUGCAGGAAUUGAAGAAGUGCCACGCUGUUGCCUUGAGUGUUGCCAUCUGGCUACUGGGAACGCUCAUUUUUUGCUUGAUUUUCCUGUUCCAAUAUGGCACCCACAUGGAAUCCUCUCAGCAUCACUGUUUUCAGUUCUACAAAGAGCUCAACCACGGGUCGGUGGUCAUCGUGAACUACUGCAUGAUCGGCAUCAUCAUGGCGACAGUCUUGGGCCUCUCCCUGGUUCAGUUGGUGGUCCUCACCUGCCUCGCCAAAACGCUCUGGCCUGGCCUGCUCACCCACCAAGAGUUCCGAGCUCAGAUCAACAGUUUCUUCUUCCUGGUGGUGAUUGCCGUUUGCUUCCUGCCCCAUCAUGCCUUUCGGGUGUAUUUCAUUCAAAAUUAUUCCCAGAAUGAAACAUCGCAGUUAAUUCUCUACAAUGAAAUCUGUGUGGCUGUAACAACCCUCUGCUGCCUGGACAUGUUGUGCUUCGUAAGAGGAGUGGUCCACUGA